UCGAGGCAUCUCUUCAGGAUCAUCUGUCUGCCUGCGCACACAGAAAAAUGGCCUCUCCGUUUUCUGAGGAGCAGUUUCGGUGCACCAUCUGCCUGGAUCUGUUCAAUGACCCCGUCUCCAUCCCCUGCGGGCACAAUUUCUGCAAGGACUGCAUCCAUCACCACUGGAUGCAGAAACACAAGACCGACUGUCCGAUUUGCAAAGAAGUCUUCUUCAGACGUCCGGAUCUCAGAGUCAACGUAGCCCUGAAGGAGAUCACCGAGCACUUCAAAAUACUUCUGAAGCCAAAACCACCACAAAAGCCAGUCCCACCGAAGAGGACUUUAUCAAAGGCUGCUCAACCGGCGCCCGACCAAGUCACCUGCGACACCUGCCGAGGAGACAAGCAGCCGGCGGUCAAGUCAUGCCUCUCCUGUCAGGAGUCGUACUGCCAAGCUCACCUGACCCCCCACCUGAAGGAUCCGGGGAUGAUGAGGCACCAGCUGGCAGCUCCGGUGGCCUCCGUGCCCGGACGCCUCUGCAGGAACCACAACAGCCGCCUGGACUUGUUCUGCAAGAGAGACCUGAUGCCCGUUUGCUCCAAAUGCACAGAGCAUAAACUCCACGAGGUGGUGCACAUCGAAACAGAGAGCAAACGCGUCAAGACUCAAGUGAAGAAGACCCAGGCAGAUUUUCAACAAAUGAUUCAGUCCAGGAUGAAAAAGAUGGAGGAGAUCAAGAAAUCAUUGGAAAUGAACAAAUUAAGCAGAGAUCGGGAGCUGCAGGCGAGCGCCCGGGUGUUCUCCAUGGUGAGCGGCGCCCUGGAGAGGAACCAGGCCCUGCUGGUCGACGAGAUCGAACGGGAGCACGAGGACGUGGAGAAGAGAGCCGAGGGGCAUCUGAACGAGCUGAAGCAGGAGCUCAGGGAGCUGCAGAGGAGGCGCAAAGAGCUGCAGCAGCUGGAAAACACAGAGGACGCUCUCCUGCUCCUGCAGAGCUUCCCAAGUGUGAGCACGCCGCUGCCGACCAGAGACUGGACGGCGGUGACAGCGAGCUGCAACACUUACGUCGGGAACAUCAGGAGGUCUUUGACCAAGCUGCUGAACGUCUGCAGCGACAUUGAGAGGGAGCUGUCUGCAGAGGAAUUCAGUAAAACGAGUAAAUAUGCAGUGGACGUGACUCUUGACGACGGGACAGCUGCUUGCUGGCUGGAUGUGUCUCCGGAUGGCAAACAGGUGUGCCUCAGCUCUCAGCCGAAGAGAGUGCCGGACGACCCGCGCCGGUUUGACGCCUGCGUCUCCGUCCUGGGGCGGCAACGCUUCACCGGUGGGAGACAAUACUGGGUCGUCCAGGUGGGAGACAAAACCGACUGGGACCUCGGCGUGGCCCGAGAGUCCAUCAACAGGAAGGGCGCCAUCACGGUCCGUCCCGACAACGGCUACUGGGCGAUCUGCAGGAGGAAGGGCGGCGGCCUGCACGCCUGCGCCGGCCCUUCCGUCGCCCUCGCGCUCAGCGAGACCCCCAGGAGAGUCAGCGUGUUCCUGGACUACGAGGGGGGGCAGGUGUCCUUCUACAACACCGAGACCAAGACGCACAUCUACACGUACCGGGGCUGCUCCUUCACCGAGCCGCUGUAUCCGUACUUCAACCCCUGUCUGCACGACAACGGGAGGAACACGGCGCCGCUCGUCAUCUGUCCUGUCAGCAUCAGGCUAUCGGAGGAGGCGAUAGUGUUCUAGAUAGAUUUUUUUUUACAUUUUUUUAAACAGGAAGUAGGGAAUUUUAUGUGCCUAGAGUCAUCCUUAUUCCACAUUUUGUAAGUGGCACGCUACAACAAUUCAAGUGUUUAUAAUAUAUUAUAAUAUUAUAGUACUAUAGUAUUCAUAAUGAAGCACUUUGUCAAUAAUCAGCGGUUGAGGAACGUCUAAAUUUAAAAAAAAACUGUGUAUUGGUGCGAAAGAACAUAAAAAAAAGUUUUCUUUGUAAAUAUUGUGGCUUUUAACUCUACUUUAAAAGUGAACUGCUGAAUUCACCAUGUGAAUAAAUGUGACUGCAUUUAAUU